AUGAUCUCUCAAUCACGGGAAGGAGCCAUUCCGGCUUCCUGGGCAUGGAAGAAGAUAAUGCGUUUUGUCGUGAUCUUUCUCGCCGUCGCUGGAUUUGCCGCCAUGCUAUGGCCGUCUCAUCCGACCACCGCCCUGAUACACCCAGGUUCCAACAUAACAGUUGCCUCGAGUGUGAGGUGCAAUCCUGAUGUCGAUAUUCUGGAGCGACUCGAGAUCAAAAAAUUACUCAAAUACACUCGCCGCGAGAUCGUUGCGCAACUUACCUCCGACCCCUUGCCCAUCACGCAGUAUAUCGAUGAACCCUUCCUAGAAGUCACAGCAAAGGCGCCUACCCCGAGUCCGGACGAGAUCAAUCCCGAAAUCGACGGCUGCACGAUUCCUAUCCCUGUAACGCUUCAGGUCCCGAGACCCCCCAAGCUACCAGAUGCCUCGCACAUUGCCUUCGGAGUCGCCACCACAGUCUCACGGUUGAACGACUCCCUAGAUCAGUUUACCCACUGGGCCGGAUACACACGCACACGGAUCUUCGCAUCGGUCGAGCCAGAAGAUGAUGAAGGGGCGUUGGACAGUGUGCGGGCCAAGGCGGAUCUGUUGGGAAUCAACCUGCAUAUCAAGAUCGAGGAGGAUAAUUACCUGAACCGGUAUUUCUCGUUGAUUACCCUGCUAGAGGAAAACAUGCGCGAGGAUACGCAAUGGGGAUGUAUCAUUGAUGAUGACACCUUUUUCCCUUCCAUGCCUGCAUUGGUCAACGCACUCGCCGAAUAUGACCACACCAAGUCCAUGUAUAUCGGCAGUGUGUCUGAGGGAAUUCCUCAGAUUGCGAUAUUUGGAAUGAUCGCGUUUGGAGGCGCUGGCGUCUUCUUGUCGCGUCCGCUCUUGGCUGAGUUGAGCGGUGUUUAUGACAUAUGUGAACGAAUGACCUUCACUGGUGAUCGCCGUAUCGCCAACUGCAUAUACCAAUACACCAGCACCCGCUUGACGGUUGAUCACCGAUUGCAUCAACUGGACUUGAUGAAGGAUGCUUCCGGUUUCUUUGAGUCGGGUCGGGAACUCCCGCUCUCCGUGCACCACUGGAAAUCAUGGUUCCAGGCUGAUAUCCCCGGACUGAGCGUUAUUUCCGAGCUCUGUGGCCCAGACUGUCUUUUGCGUCAAUUCAAGUUCAACGACGAGUGGGUUCUGACCAACGGCUUCUCGGUGAUUAAAUAUGGUUACGCGCCGCCGCCGGGUGAUCUUUCCAUGGAAAUGACAUGGGAGCCGCACAAUGGUGCCAACACCGAAUCCUACCUUCACGAGCUUGGACCUCUGCGCAUGAAAGAUGAGGAGAAGGUCAGCUAUCUCCUUGCAGACUCUGUGGUUGAGCCCAGUGGCGCUGUCAAGCAGUGGUACGUCAAGCGUGACUCAAAAGGAGAUGAAGUUCUGGAGCUCUCAUGGCGGAAACAGUCAUGA